AUGGGCGACUGGGAUACCUUUUGUACUAUCUGUGGUGCUGCAACCGCCGAGGUUCAUGUCGGAUCCAAAGAUCAACCUGAAGACGACGACGAUGUGUAUAUCGAGAACAAGUAUGAUGAGGAUGUUAUCGGAAACGAGGAUAUGGAGUGGUUCCAGAAAGCCAGUCUCCUCGGUUUCAACCCGAACGCUCGGGGAGCCACCAAAUACUACGUGACCGGUGCUGGAGGAUACGCGUGCUACGGCGACUUUGAUAUAGGGUCAGAUGAUGGGUCCGAAGCGGAUUCUGCCACUGAAGACUUUGAUUUUGCCGACCUCCGAACCUGGGGCGAAUGCGACGACAUCAAGCGUGUAUUUCCCUUCCACAGGCAAUGUUACAAGCUUCUCGCCCGUGUCCUCACGGGGUCGGAGAACACACGUGAGAUCAAUAGGGCAGUUCUCUUCAAGGUCUUUGGCAGCUCAGUGUCGAAAGAGCGCAGAUGUUACAGCAACCUAGACUACGGGGAUGCCGAGAAGGGCCACGACCAGUCGUGGCAGGCCGUGCCGGGUUACGAGUACACGGUCAUCAACCCGGAACGAAGAGAGUCCCUGGUUGGAGAUAUUUUCGAGGUUAUCAAGCACGACAAGUUUGCAAGGACACCCUCGAGUUUGCAUCUGGGACACAAAGUCAGAUGGGACCCUUUUCAGCAGAUACCGGAGUCGCUUCUCCGUGACAUAUUGGAUCACCUCGACAACGAAUCUGUACUCAACUUGUGCCGAGCAUCCUGGGGAAUAUUUGAUUUGACCAGAUAUAACCGGGGCAUUUGGGAAAGCCGCAUCCGCAACUAUAUGCCCUACCUUGAGGAGUUGGGUGAAACUAUUACUACAAGGCGCGAGUCUCUUGAAGGCCAGGACUUCCGGAAGAUCCUUCUGUGGGCAGAGGAGGCUUCGAAACCCAGAGUUGGGAUUUCAGGCUUUCUGAUGGCUGUGGCAAACCGUCGGAGAAUCUGGGGAGUGUGCGAACAGAUUGCACGCCGGUAUCAUGCGGAAUAUCCUGAUCUCGACUCGGAGACGAGCUGCGAGAUGGAGUCAAUCGCUGUGGGCAACAAGAUGCAUUUUGUCGGGUUCAACGACAAGGCAGUCUUUGAUACAAUGCGGUCGUACUGGAUUCGGUCCUGGGAUGAAUACGAUGCAGACCGGCCUUGGACACUCAAGACAUUUUGGAACUCGGACUGGGAUAUGACCGGGAUAUCCGUGAGCUUUGGAGAUGAAGAACCUAGGAUGUUUGGCAAACGAGGCACGGAAGAGGGUGCCUGGCAAACCUCGAAAGAGGUGGCAGCGGAAACAUGGCUUCGCGGCUUCGUCUUUCACCUUCGACCGGCCAAUUCCCUCUUGAAAUGGGAAGAUGCGCCGUGGAACAACAUCAGUGUCAAGGGAAUUACGAUUUACUUUUACGACGCUUUCCCAGUUACCUAUGGUGAUACUGGUGAUUCUUUGAUGCAACGGCCACUAUUCGCCGCCGAGGAUAUGGUCAUUGUGGGCGUCGAAGGCCAACUCGCCGAAAAAGAAGACGUCACUCCCUGGAUCUUGCGGUUUGGACUCCUGCAGGCGUAUCCCGGCGAUGAGGAAAAGCCAGACCCGGGCUACUAUCCUGAAGUCGGUGACGAAGAGCAGAUGAGCUGGAGCAGCGCGUCUCUUGCUCUCCUAGAUGAGCCUAGCUGGGAGUCAGAGACUUUAAAGUUCGUAUAUGACGGCUUUGAUAGGGUUGAGGACACCGCCGCCGAGCGUGAACACAUACCGAUGAGGAUCCUGAUGCUGGGGAACCGUCCAAACGAGCUUGCAAAUAUUCGGAGCAUUUCUGCUUGUAUCAACAGCAAGUGUAUUCGUGAGCGUGACAACAAAAAGUAUUUCGACAACGCAGUCACCAACAUGCGGGUCUCGUUCACGGAUGGCCAGCAGACUCGUGCCAUGAGGGAGGUUGAUGACGAUGGGUCCUCGUGGCUAGAGGAGAACUGGGAUGAGUUUGAUAUUGACGGACCGGGAGGGGAGAUGAUCGAAGAGAUCGGCUGGACCGAGUCGUAUGGCAGAUGCCCCGAACACCUCCACCUCCGAACAAACCGAAAUCGUACUGUGUUAUUCGCUGCAGACACCCUUGUCGGCGAGAACGACUCCGACACCAGAAUCAAGCUAUCUGGGGGGACUGCGGACAAUCGCAUGCAGGUCAUCAAGGCGGAAGAAGGGGACGUGAUUGUUGGCAUUGUCAUGGGGUUUGGAUAUCGAGAGUCGGAUUGGUUGAAUGAAUCGGACAGAGAAGAGUUUGGGACGAGGCCCUGGACGUAUGAGACUUUUCAGAAGAGGUCCAAGUUUAGGUUGUUUAGUUACUUUAGUUUUGUUGGAGCUUUAACGAUGGCCAAGGAUGGUUGA